AUGAGUCAAAGACCUUUGAUUGAAUUUCUGAAAGAACUCACGACGGAUAAUGAUGAUAUGCGGAUAUAUAAUGCGUUACUGGAACGAUGUCUAAAUACAUCUAUAUCUGAUCUGGAGAAGUUCAACAACAAACUGUCGCAGCUUCUACGCGACUUUCCUGAUAUUUACAUACCAACCCUGCAAACCUUAAUUUCUUACCUCUGUGAUGAAUCUUCGCGUAAAAAAACAUUACGCCAAUCCUUACGAGAAAGAUGGAACACCGCGAUUUCCAAUUUCAUCUCAUCGUUAAUUACCGCUGUCAUCAUGCAAAACUUAGACCACUCCGACUUUCCUGGCUUUGGAGAGCUCCUACACGAUUGCAUAGAGCUUAUCUGGAAAGUUCAAAAUGUCACUUUGACCAGUCAUAAAGGAUACAAUUUGGCUUUCCAGACGACAAAAAGCUUCUUCAACGCAAUUCUUAACGCGGGUGUCCUGGGCAUUUUGAUAACAGACCCUUCCGGUCGACGCUGUAUAAAACGAAUUCUGUUCGACUUUAACAUGAUUAAAGAAAUUGAACGGGAAGAACUACUUAGAGCAAUAGACUUAGUCGCGGCUAUUGUGGAGAAAUGUUCUGAGCACGAGAAAGAUUCCCCUAAUCUUUCGGAAUGGUUUUCGAUAUACAAGGCAUGCACAUCAUUGUUGGAAUCCUUGAGGAAAUUCAAAAAUAUGGAAAAGAAUCAGUUAAUAAACAAGAAAGGAUUGCCGCCGCCCACUUUGGACGAUAUGAUUAAGCUUGAUAAUAAGGAAUCUAGGACGAACAGAAAACAGUUCGUGAAUUCCCUUAUGGUGAACAGCAACUCAUUACCUGUGUCCACACAGGAUGAACGACAUCUCACGAUAUUAGGGAUGAAGGCACCUCAAAAAUUAUCUGUUUUGCCCAAUUUUUUGCAAGCAAUUGAACAACGAAAAAUAGAUUCAUUUCGAGUAAGUGUAAUCGUGAUUUUGUUUUAUUGCGCAAUUGUAAUAAAAAUUGACAAAACUAAAUUCAAACUUCAAUUAGAAUGUAAUGCGAUUCUUGUCAUGCGCAGGUUGUCGCAAACAAGCCCUCGUUUAUUUUUCUCCUGA